CUUAUCAUAAUAAGCUUAUUGCUUAAACAUUCUCUAUUAAUUCAUUAUAUAAAAUAGGUACUACAACUCCGCUUAUUUUCUAUACACUAUCUCGUAUUUUAGAUCAUGUGACCCAUUAUACUUGUCUUUCCCCAACAAACUAAAAACCUUCGUAAAAUUGUUGCAAAAUGUGCAAGAAAUCCUCCAUUCUUGCUACUAAUUUCAUACACACAAUCUUUAUCCUUUUGUCAUUAUUUUCAACUUACUAUGUUGGUGUAGUAGUAGCCACCUCAUCACCGCCUCCAUCGUCACCACCACCGUCGUCACCAUCACCAUCAUCCCUCGAUGAAUCAAAUGUCCAAGAAGCCACUAAAGUCAUACGACAAUUCAUCAAAGGGAUUACUAGUGACAAUUGUGGACUUUCAAAAAAUCUCACAUUUACCAACACCACUAACUUGUGUAAAAAUUCAAAGUUUGGAUGUACACCUGUUCCGUUCAAAGAUUCCUUAAAAAAGAAAGACAGAUUGUACUCGAUUCAAUUUGAUGGAUGUGGUAUUACGGGGAAGAACAUUACCAUUGAUGGUUUCAUCGACAAGCUUCUCGACGUGUCGAUUUUCCAUGCAAAUUCCAACGGUUUUGGGGGCAAAAUACCGGUGUUAAGCCAUCUUCCUUACCUCUUUGAGUUAGAUCUUAGUAACAACAAGUAUAAUGGGAAGUUCCCUAUGAAUAUCCUUGGUGCAACCAAUUUAACCUUAUUGGACCUCGGAUUUAACUCCUUCAUAGGCCCAGUUCCUCCCGGGCUUUUUAAUUUACAAUUGUUGGCCCUUUUUAUUAACAACAAUAAAUUUGAGAAGGACCUUCCAUCUAAUAUGGGCUCCACACCGGCAGCUUUCCUCAACUUUGCCAACAACAAGUUCACAGGCCCAAUACCAAAAUCCAUUGGGCAAGCCUCAAAUACUCUCCUCGAGGUCCUCUUCUUGAACAAUAGUUUAUCGGGCUGCCUUCCUUACGAGAUUGGGCUUCUUAAAAAGGCCCGUGUUUUUGACGUGUCGAGGAACUCCUUAAUCGGACCGAUACCCCGAUCGUUCGCCUGUUUAGAUAAAAUGGAGUACCUAGUCCUGGAAAAUAAUGAGUUUUAUGGGUCUAUACCUGAGGUGGUGUGUAAAUUGCCUAAUUUGACGAAAUUAAAGUUGUCUGAUAACUAUUUCAACCAAGUUGGGACAGCUUGUAUGAAGCUAAUCCAAAAAGGAGUGUUGGAUGUGAGACAGAAUUGUUUAUUUGGGCAUCCGAAUCAAAAAGACCCGAAAACAUGUGCGGAGUUUCUUAAUAAGCCCAAGGGUUGUAGUGAAUAUGAGAAUAAAAUGCACAACUAUAUCCCUUGUAAUAAAACAGCUGAAUAUUUGGAUUCUGUAAUGUCGUUAGAGAGGGUCCCACAACCUACUCCAACAGUUACUUAUGGAAAAUUAACUACGGAGUAAUUAAUUAAUUUGUUAUUGUUGUAGAUUUUGAAUUCACUAUUUAAAUGUGUUAUUCUGUUAAGAUCUGAGUAUCUGACCCAUGAAACAUUACGUGUGAAAGUCUCACAUUGACAAAAGAGAAGAAAGUUAAUCACUUAAUAAGGCCAAGAGGCUACUCCCCUUAUAGCCAUAUGAUUUUAAGGUGGAACCUCCUACGGUCUUGUUAAGUGGAACCUCUCUCUUGAUGACGGGUGCGACCCAGACCCGUAUUUAACAUAUUCUAAACUUCUUUUUGCUAAACAAAAAAACAUGUUUUUU